AUGGAGGUCGCCUCCACAGGGGUGCCAAAUGGCGUGUCGACGCCAGAUACGGCAGCUUUGGUGGAUUCCGGUGCUGUGAUCCAGUACCUGACAGAGGUGCUCCAGGUGACACUGGGCGCUCUGAGAUCCGAGUUGGAGACAGCUGGGAGCUUGCUCUCGGAGGCCAGGUACAAUGAAACAAUGCAAAGAUGUACGCGAUUCGCCUCCGAGUCGCAAGUCGCCCUCUAUGUGCAGAAAGAUAUCGCGGGUGCGGAGGAAAUGAAUGGCGACACCGAGGGCCCAGACUCAGCGCAGUAUGUUUAUACCCUUUCCUCCGAGAUUUCGUCGUCUUCGACCACCGUCUCUUCGGUGGCUUUCAUCAAACGCCCUGCUCCCAUCGACCCGGCUCUUCCAAUCGCCUCGCAGAUCCAGGUCAUGAAUCUCCCCGGUGUCGCCUCCCUCAACAAUUCCCAGACUCAGCAAGGAAAUGCCACGUCCCCCUACCAGGUUUUACAUCUGCUGCUCCACCACGGCCUGAGUCCUUAUUUCGAAGCCUACGCCCGCAACCAGGAGACUAUUGCUGGCGCGAAGCCCAGAGCGGACACCGAGACAAAGACUGGUAUUCCUGGAACGAAGAAGAAGUUUGCUGAGCUGGAGUUGGGUCUCAUGCACCUGCAGCAAAAUGUGGAGAUCCCGGCUUUGAACCUUCCUAUGCACGAUGUGGUCCAGGGCGCGUUGAAGGAGGCUGAGGCUAAGGGUGUUCGGGCGUCUGUUGAACUGAUUCCCGCGGCGAUUCUGGAUAACAGCGCAUUCACAAACAGCAUCCAGAACACCGUGAAUGGUUGGAUUCGGUCCAUCCAGACGAUCACCAAAAUGUCUCGGGAUCCGGAUAGCGAGUCGGCAUCUCCAGAGAUCAACUUUUGGCUGUCUAUGGAGUCUGCUUUGGAGAGCAUCGAGGCUCAAUUGGCAAGUGAUGGAGUCAAGUUGACGAUGGAUAUUCUCCGCCAUGCAAAGCGGUAUCAACCAACCCUCAGUUUCCAGGCGGAUACUGGACUGAGAGAUGCCUCCGAGCUGGUUCAGAAGUAUAACCAGCUUAUGCGUGACUUCCCUCUUGACGAGCUCCUUUCUGCUACCUCUCUGAACAAGGUGCAGGAAUCAUUAGGCUUGAUAUUUAGCCAUCUGAAUAAGAAGCUGAAGAUCUGCCCGUACCCCAUCAAGCGUGCGCUUUCGCUUGUCGAGGCCAUUUCUGGUGAUCUUGAUCGGAAAAUUCACGAGCUUAUCAACGGCCGUGCAAUCCUGCACCUGGAUUACCGUGAGUUCCGGUCGUUGAUGAAGGCCACUCAAGCUAUUUGGCGUGCCUGGGAUGAGAACCUGAAGGAAUUCACCAACGUUGCUCGAGAUUCAACCAGGCGUCGGAAUGAGAAAUUCAUUCCGAUUAAGAUAAAUGGCAGACAUGAACUCACCCGUGAACGGCUGAAGUACAUCGAUACCUUCCGUGUCAACCACGAGCAGCUUCAAAGGACCAUCGUUAAUGUCCUCGGAUCGAGCAAGACUUCCGCAGAGAACGGCGGUGGCGUUGACACUGACCAAACUGUUAUUGUCGAAGAGAUUGGUGAUGUCGACGCUGUCGAGGAAGUGACCCACGCCUACUCUGCCCUGAAGAACGUGGACGUGUUGGAUGUCUCCCCUGCAGGAUCUCGUGCCUGGGAACAAGCCGAGAUUGGCUACAGUGAGCGCACCUCGCGCGUUGAGAACUCCAUCAUUGCUCGUCUUCGCGAUCGCCUUGCGACAGCCAAGAACGCCAACGAGAUGUUCCGGGUCUUCUCCAAGUUCAAUGCUCUUUUGGUCCGUCCCAAGAUCCGUGGCGCUAUUGGAGAGUACCAGACACAACUCAUCGACAAUGUCAAGCGCGAUAUCUCUGGUCUCCACGAGCGCUUCAAGCAGCAGUAUGGCCAUUCAGAGGCUCAUGCCAUGGCCCAGCUUCGCGAUCUUCCACCCGUUUCCGGCGCAAUUAUAUGGGCUCGUCAGAUUGAGCGCCAACUUGAUAACUACAUGCGCAAGGUGGAGAAUGUUCUGGGAGAGGACUGGCACUUGCACACCGAGGGGCAGAAGCUUCAAUCCGAGAGUAACAUGUUCCGUAAGAAGCUUGACACUCGGCCUGUCUUCGAGUCAUGGCUCUACGAUGUCCAAAGGAGACAUAUCACUAUUUCUGGACGACUCUUCAAUAUUGUGCGCAACCGCGCUGCUGGAAACAUCCUGGAGCUUACAGUCAACUUCGAUGCUCAGAUCAUUGCUCUUUUCAAAGAAGUUCGCAACCUCAUUUGGCUGAACUUCCAGGUUCCUCAUGCUGUCAGCAACAUCUCCAAGGAGGCGAAGCGUGUUUAUCCCUACGCCAUUAGUUUGAUGGAGAGCGUGCGGACUCUGCUUCAGACCAACCGUACUAUUGCCUCCAUGUCUGAUGUCGCUAUCCUUCUCAAUGGCUACAUCAAUGACUCACAAGCCAUGAUUGGCAAGGGAAUUCCUCUCCGAUGGGAGUCUUUCGUUCAUUCCUAUGAGCUGCAUGUCAAACAGUCACUUCCGAAUGGCGCCAUCGACAGUACUAUGCCAAACCGUACUGAGAGCAAGCAUGUUCAAUUUGUUCGCGAAUUCGCUGGCUCAGCCUCUGUUCUCCAGGCCAAGACCACCACUCUUUCUUCUAUCAAUGAGAACAUUCUGAAAUCCACUCAUGAACUCAAGACUUGCGCUUACGACUCCGCUGCAUUCAAGCAACGCUUGGAUACCAUCCAGGCUGCUGUGGAUAAGCUCAAUCUUGAGAACUACGUCAACUUAGAGCAUUGGGUUUCGGAGCUCAACGGGAAGAUCGAGGCAAUUCUUCGUGAACGACUUCACCGUGCUGUUCGUGAGUGGAUCAGCACCUUCCAGGAGUCUCGAAAUGAGCAGACAACAUCUUUCCACACCAAAACUGGUGAAGUUGAGACCCCUGGUUACAACAUUUCAUUCCCUGAACUCUUCCACGAGAUCUCCAUGAAGAACCAAGUCCUCCACCUUGACCCUCCACUUCAAUUUGCUCGUGCAAGCUGGUUCUCGCACUUUGAUACCUGGCUGGGAGUCAUCUGCAAUCUCGAAAAGAUCAAGGCCUCUCGGUACCAAAUUUCCAUCAACGUGCAGAUUGUUCGUCAGUCUGAAGCAUGUUUCUCAGAACUCCCACAAGGUUGCACCGAGGAGCUUAACCAAGUCUACGGCGUGAUUGAAUCCAGACUCAACGAUGUAUCUGAAUACGUCAACAAGUGGCUGCAAUUCCAAUCGCUCUGGGACUUGCAAUCCGAGCAGGUAUACGAGAUCCUGGGAGACGACCUCUCUCAGUGGCUUCAACUGCUCCAGGAGAUUCGAAAGAGCCGCGCCACCUUCGACACCUCGGAAGUCGGACGAUCUUUCGGUAACAUCAGGAUCGACUACGAGCAGGUUCAGACAAAGGUAAACGCCAAGUAUGACCAGUGGCAGCAUGAGAUCCUCCAAAAGUUCGGUGCAAAGCUCGGUGGUCGUAUGAGGGAGGUACACUCAGAAAUUGCCUCUGCCCGCCGUGACUUGGAGGGUCAGACCUUAGAGGCAUCCUCUACGGCACAUGCCGUGUCGUUCAUCACCAUCGUGCAGCAGUGCAAGCGGAAGACUCGCGUUUGGGAGCCCGAGGUUGACCUCUUCCGCCAGGGUCAAACUACCCUCGCUCGCCAGCGCUACCAAUUCCCAGGUGACUGGCUUCACGUUGAAAAUGUCGAUGGAGAGUGGGCAGCUUUGAAUGAGCUGCUAACCCGUAAGAGCAAGAUCGUUCAGGAUCAGACCGAGGGUCUUCGUGCAAAGAUUAGUGCCGAAGACCGUGUCAUCAAUGACAAGAUCGGCGAGGUCAUUGCUCAGUGGAAUGACGAAAAGCCGGUCUCUGGCACUAUUCCCCCCGAUGAGGCUUCUCACACCUUGAGCUCCUUCCAGUCGCGUCUCGAAUCCCUCCAAUCCGAAUUUGAGAUGGUCUCCAAGGCCAAGGAGGCCCUUGACCUCCCUGCGAGCUCCGAGUCAUCUCUUCCGGCUAUUCUCGAGGAAGUUCAGGACUUCAUGUCUGUCUGGGCUGCUCUUUCCACCAUCUGGAAGAGCCUUAACGACCUCCGCGAUGGCUUGUGGACAAGCGUCCAGCCCCGCAAGCUGCGCCAGGCACUUGAUGGUCUUAUCAAGAUGACCAAGGAAAUGCCUAGCCGAAUGAGACAGUAUGCUGCAUUCGAGCAUAUCCAGAAUGUCCUCCGACAGCUGCUGAAGGUUAACUCCCUUCUCUCCGAUAUGAAGUCUGAGGCUGUGAAGGAACGACACUGGCAAAAAAUUUACAAGUCUUUAAAGCCUGGAAAGCGGUUCUCGCUGGUAUCGCUGACCCUGGGUGAUGUCUGGGAUUUGCAGCUGGCAACCAGCGAGACUAUUAUUCGCGACAUCAUCGCACAGGCCCAGGGUGAGAUGGCCCUGGAGGAGUUCCUCAAGUCUGUUCGUGAGACUUGGCAGAACUACUCUCUGGACCUAGUCAACUACCAAAACAAAUGCCGUCUUAUCCGUGGCUUCGAUGAUCUCUUUGCCAAGUGUAGCGAGAACCUGAACUCGCUCCAGGCCAUGAGGCAUUCGCCUUACUACAAGGAGUUCGAGGAAGAAGCCGCCUCCUGGGAAGACAAAUUAAACCGUGUUCACGUUCUUUUCGAUGUUUGGAUUGAUGUCCAGAGACAGUGGGUCUACUUGGAAGGUGUCUUUACAGGCAAUGCUGAUAUCAAGCAUCUCCUUCCGCUUGAGUCGAGCCGAUUCCAAAAUAUCAACUCGGAGUUCUUCGCUGUCAUGAAGAAGGUUUAUAAGUCUCCGUUCGUUCUCGAUAUCCUUGCCAUCAACGGAGUCCAGAAAUCUUUGGAACGAUUAGCCGAGCUGCUGAACAAGAUCCAGAAGGCACUUGGUGAAUAUCUGGAGCGUGAGCGUGUGUCGUUCCCUCGCUUCUACUUUGUCGGAGACGAAGACCUGCUAGAGAUCAUUGGUAAUAGCAAUGACAUCUUCCGUGUUGCGAAGCAUUUCAAAAAGAUGUUCGCUGGUCUCAAUGGUCUCCUGAUGGAUGACGACAACAACAUUGUCGGGUUUACCUCCAAGGAGGGAGAAGAAGUCCGUUUGAAGAAGGAGGUCAACCUCAUCAAGACCCCUCGUAUCAAUGACUGGCUUACUGCACUGGAGACCAACAUGAAACUUGCUUUGGCUGAGCUUCUCGGGGAGGCCGUCGAGCAGUUCGACACCUUGUACAACACACCGGAAGUGGAUCGGACUGCUUUCAGUGACUUCCUUGCCAACUACCCCGCCCAGAUCGUUGUCCUUGCCAGUCAAGUGGUGUGGACCAAUUCAGUGCAGAAGUCUCUGGAAGAUGGUGGCGCAAAUCUCCAGGCAUUGUAUGACGCAGAAGUCAGAAUCCUUGAGUUGCUCGCUGCCACUGUACUUGGUGAGCUUGAUGCCAUCACUCGCAAGAAGUGUGAACACAUGAUUACAGAAUUUGUUCACCAGCGUGACACCAUCUCCAAGCUCAUUCAGCUCAAUGCCACAACUCCCACACACUAUCUAUGGCUCAUGCAGAUGCGUUUUGUCUACCAGCCAGAAGGUGACUUCCUCCAGCGUCUCUACGUCCAUAUGGCCAACGCGAAGCUCAACUACGGAUUCGAGUACCUCGGUGUUCCCGAACGUCUCGUCCGCACUCCUCUUACUGACCGCUGUUUCCUCACUCUCACCCAAGCUCUAUGCCAGAGACUUGGUGGGUCUCCCUACGGUCCGGCCGGUACAGGUAAAACCGAAUCUGUCAAAGCUCUGGGUCUCCAGCUUGGUCGCUUCACUCUUGUCUUCUGCUGUGACGACACUUUCGAUUUCCAAGCCAUGGGCCGUAUCUUCCUCGGUAUCUGUCAAGUCGGCGCUUGGGGCUGCUUCGAUGAGUUUAACCGUCUGGAGGAGAGAAUUUUGUCUGCUGUUUCUCAGCAGAUUCAAAACAUCCAGAUUGGUCUGCGCAAGGGAGAAGAAGACAACAAAUCUCAGAUCGAGUUGGUUGGCCGCCGACUGUCUGUCAACGGCAAUACAGGUAUCUUCAUUACCAUGAACCCUGGAUACGCCGGUCGUUCCAACUUGCCGGACAACUUGAAGAAGCUGUUCCGCAGCGUUGCCAUGUCCAAACCCGACAAGGAGCUUAUUGCGGAAGUCAUGCUUUUCUCCCAGGGUUUCAAGCAAGCCAAGCCCUUGUCCAAGCAAACCGUGCCGUUCUUCGACCACUGUGCCUCUCAACUGUCUAAGCAGGCGCAUUACGACUUUGGUCUUCGCGCCUUGAAGAGUGUGCUUGUCAGCUCAGGUGGCCUUAAGCGUGCUCGUAUCGCCAAUGCCGACGGCGAGUUAGGCCCCGAUGAAGUGGUCGAACCUCAAAUCAUUGUUCAGAGUCUGCGGGAGACUAUUGCUCCCAAGCUUGUGCAAGAGGAUGUUGAUCGCAUGCUGGAGAUCCAGACGCAAGACUUCCCGGGUGUCGACUACGUGCCUGCCAACUACGAGAAGCUCACCCAGGCCAUUCGGGACAUUGCCAAGGAACAAUAUCUCGUGGACAGCGAAAUGUGGAUUGCCAAGGCUCUUCAGUUGUACCAGAUUCAGAGUAUCCAUCAUGGUGUGAUGAUGGUUGGAAAGUCAGGAGCUGGUAAGUCAGCUACUUGGAAGAUUCUUCUCCAAGCUAUGCAACGAAUUGAAGGCGUUGAGGGCGUCUCCCACAUCAUCGACUCCAAGGUCAUGUCCAAGGAAGCUCUCUAUGGUAACUUGGACAGCACUACCCGCGAGUGGACAGAUGGUCUCUUCACUGGUAUUCUGAGAAAGAUUGUCGACAACCUUAGAGGAGAAGAUAGCAAGCGCCAUUGGAUUGUUUUCGAUGGUGACGUGGAUCCGGAGUGGGUUGAGAACUUGAACAGUGUUCUGGAUGACAACAAACUCCUCACUCUGCCCAACGGUGAACGUCUCAAUUUGCCUCCGAAUGUUCGUAUCAUGUUCGAAGUCGAGACCUUAAAGUACGCAACUCUCGCCACUGUCAGUCGUUGCGGUAUGGUAUGGUUCAAUGAGGAAACUGUGACUCCUACCAUGAUGAUCAACAACUACGUCGAGGCUCUGAAGACCAAGACAUUCGAGGACCUGGACGAUGACAGCGCCCCUGCUGGAUCCGCUGCAGUCAGAACUCAGAUUGCACAGGACCAGCUUUCAGUGAUUCUCAAGCAGCACUUGGAAAGUGACGAUCUUGUCCUGAAGGCUCUUGAAGAAGCCAAGAAAUACAACCACAUCAUGGACUUCACCGAAAUCCGCGCCCUCAACACCAUGUUUAGUUUGUUGAACAAGGCCUGUCGCAAUGUCCUGGAAUACAAUAUCCAGCAUGUCGACUUCCCUCUGGACCCCGAGCAAAUCGAGUCGUACGUCUCCAAGAAGCUUCUGCUCACCAUGGUCUGGUCUUUCACUGGCGAUUGUCCUCUUGCCGACCGGAAGGCCUUUGGGCAAUACGUCUCUGGGAUGUCCACCAUUGACCUACCGCCGGAUGGCGAUUCAUCUCUCAUCGACUUUGAUGUUACUCUCCCGAAGUCUGAGUGGACUAGUUGGCAAUCGCAGGUGCCAUCGAUCGACAUCAACACCCACUCGAUCACCCAAACCGACGUUAUCAUCCCGACUGUGGAUACCAUUCGUCAUGAAGAUGUGUUGUACUCAUGGCUCGCUGAACACAAACCUUUGCUGCUUUGCGGUCCUCCUGGUUCGGGUAAGACCAUGACACUGUUCGCCGCGCUGAGAAAAUUGCCCAACAUGGAGGUUGUCGGCCUCAACUUCUCCAGCGCUACUACACCCGAUCUUUUGAUCAAGACUUUCGAGCAGUAUUGCGAAUACAAGAAGACUCUCAACGGUGUUGUUAUGUCUCCCAACCAAAUUGGUCGCUGGCUGGUCCUUUUCUGCGACGAAAUCAACUUGCCCGCUCCGGAUCGUUAUGGCACUCAGCGCGCUAUCUCCUUCCUGCGCCAGCUUGUCGAGCAGAAUGGUUUCUGGCGCACAUCCGACAAGACCUGGGUCACUCUUGAUCGCAUUCAGUUUGUCGGUGCCUGUAACCCGCCCACUGAUGCUGGCCGUACCGCCAUGGGAGAGCGUUUCCUUCGUCACGCGCCCCUCAUCAUGGUUGACUACCCUGGCGAGAUAUCCCUCAACCAAAUCUACGGUACAUUUAACUCAGCAGUCCUCAAGAUCCUGCCCUUGCUACGCGGAUACUCUGAGGCUCUCACCAAGGCCAUGGUCCAGUUCUACCUUGAAUCUCAAACCAGAUUCACGCCAAAGAUUCAGCCUCACUACGUUUACUCUCCGCGUGAGCUUACUCGCUGGGUCCGCGGUGUCUACGAGGCCAUCAAGCCACUCGAAAGCCUGUCGGUUGAAGGCCUUGUGCGCAUCUGGGCCCACGAAGCUUUGCGUCUCUUCCAGGAUCGGCUGGUUGAUGAAGAUGAGCGCGCUUGGACUGCUGAUGCUGUUCGCCGUAUUGCUUUGGAGAAUUUCCCCACCAUCGACGAACAGGAGGCAUUGAAGGGCCCCAUUCUGUUCUCGAACUGGUUGUCCAAGAACUACGUGCCCGUAGAACAGGAACGCCUUCGUGACUUCGUCAAGGCCCGCCUCAGGACAUUCUGCGAGGAGGAAGUUGAUGUGCCUCUGGUUCUGUUCAAUGACGUUCUGGAGCAUGCUCUGCGCAUUGACCGAGUCUUCCGCCAGCCCCAGGGUCAUCUUAUCCUUAUCGGUGUCAGCGGUAGUGGAAAGACAACUCUGUCACGCUUCGUUGCUUGGAUGAAUGGUCUGAAAGUCUUCCAGAUCAAGGUGCAUGGCAAGUACUCGUCGGAGGAUUUCGAUGACGAUCUCCGAAGCGUUCUGCGCCGUGCGGGCUGCAAGGGCGAGAAGAUCUGCUUCGUCAUGGAUGAAUCCAAUGUCCUUGACUCCGGUUUCUUGGAGCGCAUGAACACCCUGCUCGCCAACGCUGAGGUCCCCGGUCUCUUUGAGGGUGAUGAGUUCUCCUCUUUGAUGACGGCCUGUAAGGAGGGUGCCCAGCGCCAGGGCCUCCUUCUUGACUCUCAGGAGGAGCUCUACAAGUGGUUCACCCAGCAAAUUGUCAAGAACUUGCACGUUGUGUUUACCAUGAACCCGCCAGAGGAAGGACUGUCUUCCAAGGCCGCGACCAGUCCUGCCCUGUUCAACCGUUGCGUGCUUAACUGGAUGGGAGAUUGGUCUGAUCAAGCACUGUUCCAGGUUGGCUCUGAACUCACUCAGUCCGUCGAUCUCGAUAAGCCCAACUUUGUUUCUCCCGACAGCAUUCCGGUGGCUUACCGUGAGCUUUCUCUUCCCGCUUCGCACAGAGACACUGUGAUCAAUUCCAUGGUGUACAUCCACCACUCGCUGCAUCGCUUCAACCAGCGUUUGCAGAAACAGCAGGGUCGGACCACUUUCCUCACGCCUCGCCACUAUCUCGACUUUGUGGCGCAGUACGUCAAGCUAUUUAAUGAGAAGCGUGAGGAUCUUGAGGAGCAACAGCGCCAUUUGAACGUCGGCCUCGAGAAACUGCGCGAUACAGUCGACAAGGUCAGCGAUCUACGUGGCAGUCUAGCCCAGAAGAAGACCCAGCUCGAGAAGAAGGACACGGAGGCCAACGAGAAAUUGCAACGCAUGGUUGCUGAUCAACAGGAGGCAGAGCAGCGGAAACAUGUUUCGUUGGAGGUGCAAGCAGCUUUGGAGAAACAGGAGAAGGAGGUUGCGGAGCGGAGGGAAAUCGUUUUGAACGAUUUGGCACGGGCGGAGCCUGCUGUGGCGGAGGCACAAAAGAGUGUCAGCAACAUCAAGCGUCAGCAUCUUACGGAAGUCCGGUCAAUGGGCAACCCGCCGGCUAGUGUCCGACUUGCCCUGGAAGCCGUGUGUACGCUUCUCGGCCACAAGGUCGAUAGCUGGAGGACUAUCCAAGGCCUUGUUCGCCGAGAUGACUUUAUUGCCAGCAUUGUGAACUACGACAACGAGCGCCAGAUGACACGCAACCACCGCACCAAGAUGCAGAACGAGUUCCUGUCCAAGGAAGACUUUACCUACGAGCGAGUGAACCGUGCCAGUAAGGCAUGUGGUCCCUUGGUCCAGUGGGUUGAGGCUCAAGUCAACUACUCUGCCAUCUUGGAUCGCGUUGGACCCUUGCGCGAGGAGGUUGACCAGCUAGAAGAACAGGCUCUGCAAACCAAGGCCGAGGCACAGGCCAUCGAGAAUACCAUCCAGGGCUUGGAGAGCAGUAUUGCUACCUACAAGGCUGAAUACGCUGCUCUCAUCAGUGAAACACAAGCCAUAAAGACAGAAAUGUCCCGAGUCCAGUUCAAGGUCGACCGCAGUGUGCGUCUGCUUGACAGCCUGGCAUCCGAGCGCGAGCGUUGGGAAGAUGGCAGCAAAUCGUUCGAGACUCAGAUCGGCACCCUCGUUGGUGACGUUAUCAUCGCUGCUGCUUUCCUUGCCUACGCUGGUCUCUACGACCAACAGUUCCGCAAGGCCAUGAUUGACGAUUGGGUUCAUCAGCUGGCUCAAUCCGGCAUCAACUUCAAGCCCCACAACCCAAUCACGGAGUACCUGUCCAACGCGGACGAGCGUCUCACCUGGCAAGAGCACUCUCUGCCUGUCGAUGAUCUUUGCACGGAAAACGCCAUCGUCCUGAAGCGUUUCAACAGAUACCCUCUGAUCGUCGACCCGUCCGGUCGUGUUACAGAGUUCUUGCAGAAGGAAAGCAAGGACCGCAAGCUUACUGUCACGAGCUUCCUCGACGAUUCAUUUGUCAAGCAGCUGGAAAGCGCCUUGCGAUUUGGAAACCCCAUCCUGAUCCAGGAUGCCGAACACUUGGACCCUAUUCUCAACCAUGUUCUCAACAAGGAAUACCAGAAGACUGGUGGCCGUGUUCUCAUUCAACUUGGAAAGCAGGAGAUCGAUUUCUCGCCGUCCUUCAAACUGUUCCUGUCGACAAGAGAUCCUUCUGCUUCGUUCCCACCGGACGUUUGCAGUAGAACCACUUUUGUCAACUUUACGGUCACCCAGAGCAGUUUGCAGACACAAUCCUUGAAUGAUGUGCUGAAAUUCGAGCGACCCGAUGUUGACGAACGCCGCAACAACCUCGUCAAGAUGCAAGGAGAGUUCAAGGUCCACCUUCGGCAGCUGGAGAAGCGCCUGUUGCAGGCACUCAACGAGUCUCGCGGUAACAUUCUCGACGAUGAUAAUGUCAUCGAAACACUCGAAACCCUCAAAAAGGAAGCUGGGGAGAUCUCGAAGAAGAUGUCAGAGACCGAAGGCGUCAUGUCCGAAGUGGAGAACGUCACCCACCAGUACAGCACCAUUGCCCGUGCAUGCAGUGCUGUAUUUGCGGUUCUGGAGCAACUCCACCACAUCAAUCACUUCUACCAGUUCUCGCUGCAGUACUUCGUUGAUAUUUUCAACUCAGUUCUGUACCAGAACAAGCGUCUUGCUCAGGAGAAGGAUCACUUCGCCCGCGUUCAGAUCAUCAUCCGUGACUUGUUCAUUACUACCUUCCAACGGACUUCACUUGGUCUUGUUCAGAAGGAUCGCAUUACACUCGCCAUCCUUCUUGCUCAAGCCACUCCUUUCCCUAUGGACCGGGCCAUUCUGGACCGUAUCUUGGACGAGUCCGUUGAGGACAGUGAUCUUUCUACCGCCACUGAUUCUCGAGACCAAGUAAUAAACAAGUUGCUCAACAUGUCGCUCUUCAAGGAGUACAUCCCCUCCAUUUCUCAGGAUCAGUGGGAUCGAUUCUUUGACGAGGAGCUUGCAGAGAAUGCCGUUCCAAUCGUCUGGGGCGAGGACACCUCCAGCAUCGACCAAUUGCUCCGCUCCUUGCUGCUUGUCAAGCUUUGUCGCAUGGACCGAUUCGUUCCUAUUGCCGAGCGCUUCAUUGAGGCUGUGUUUGGGCACGAGCUGUUUGAGGGCAGCAGCGAUCUCAAGGAUGUGGUUGAUCAGGUUACCGCAACCACCCCGAUUGCUCUCAGCUCCAGCCCCGGCUUCGAUGCCAGUUAUAAGGUUGACGCACUGGUUGAACGAACAAACGCGAUCUGCGCAAACAUUGCCAUGGGUUCGAAUGAAGGUCUCGAGAGUGCCGACAAGGCUAUCAGCAAUGCCGCUGCCGCUGGUAACUGGGUGCUAGUCAAGAACGUCCACUUGGCGCCCUCGUGGCUUCAGAGCCUGGAAAAGAGAUUGGAUUCGCUCAAGCCUCACAAAGAGUUCCGUCUCUUCCUUUCUAUGGAAUCGAGCCCCAAGAUCCCCGUUAACCUAAUCCGAGCUUCUCGCGUUUUGAUGUUCGAGCAACCUGCCGGUGUUCGCGCCAACAUGAAGGACUCCCUGUCUUCACUGAACACCCGCGCAAGCAAGGCUCCUGUCGAAAAGGCCCGUGUUUAUCUUUUGCUUUGCUUCCUCCACGCCGUGGUCCAGGAACGACUCCGGUACGCGCCCAGCCUUGGAUGGAAGGGCUUCUGGGAAUUCAAUGACAGUGACUACGAGUGUUCGGCCUUCAUCAUCGACUACUGGGUCGAUACGGUUGCUCAAGGCCGCUCCAACGUCGCCCCUCAGAAGCUUCCUUGGGAGAUGAUCCGCACCCUGAUUACCGAGAUGUACGGCGGCAAGAUCGACGACGCCGGUGACUUCCAGCAACUGGAGAGCCUGGUCGGCCAGUUCCUCACGCCCGCAGCGUUUGAGGAUGAAUACAAACUCGUCUCGGGCGUCGAAAAGGACGAUGUUCUUACCCUGCCCAGCACGACCAACAUUCGCGACUUUGUCAACUGGGUCAACAACUUGCCUGAGCGCGAACCUCCCACCUACCUGGGUCUGCCAGCUAACGCAGAGAAGCUGCUGCUGGUUGGGCAUGGCCGCAAGAUGAUAUCCGAUCUCUCACGUGUCACCACACUGCUGGACGAAGGCGAGCAGCUGAUGGUUGACAACUAA